AUGACAUCUACUCUACCCCCACUCGUCCAAGCAUUUUCUGGGGCAGUUGGCAGUGCGGCUGCUAACAUGGUUGUAUACCCUUUAGACCUCGUGGCUACCAGGCUGCAAACAACAUCCUUAAAACGACUCAGAGGUGAUGUAGGCUUUGCUGGCGUGCUGCGUGCACUGCGUCAUGUCCUCGAGACUGAAGGAUGGAGCGGGCUGUAUGACGGCUUACCGACAGACACAGCAGCUACUAUAAUCUCUAAUUUUCUUUAUUUUUACUUCUAUGCUUUCCUUCGGACCAUUCUUGUCCGGCGCAAAACGCGCAUCUCUCCGCCGCCCAAGAGCAAAUCGAAGGCAACGCCGGUGCUUUUGGGCGUCGCGGAGGAGCUCGGUAUUGGUUUUCUCGCGGGCGUAUCCAGCCGAGCGAUCUCUACUCCUCUGAGCGUGGUUACCGUUCGGCUCCAAACAGAAACCGAAGGUCGGGACGAUCGCGGGGAACUCGACCCAGAGAAAGGCGACCCUGAGGACGCGUCUCGAAGGGGAGAGCCUAAGGGCGUACUUACAACGGUGCAGAAAAUCUAUGCCGAACAGGGCCUGAAGGGCUUCUGGGGAGGCUUUUCGACCACAAUACCAUUAUCUUUGAACCCUGCCAUCACACUGUUCCUCUUCCAGCUAUAUCGCAAGCUCGUGGUGCGCGGAAGCAAGACAUCCGCGUUAGGCACCCCCAGCGCGUCGUCGUCUUUUGUUGGCGCAGCCUUCUCAAAUGCCGUUGCGACGUGGCUGUUAUAUCCGCUUAUGUUGGCCAAGACUCGGCUCCAGAUUCACAGGAAACACGUCCAGGAGGCAAAUCAGGGCCCGGAACAAGAUAAGAAGGGGAGUAAUACGUCGAUGUUGACAAUAUGGGAGGACGCACUUGAUAAGGAGGGACCGUCCGGAUUAUACCAAGGUCUGGAGGCUCAGCUUUUGAAGGGCUUCGUUAGCCAAGGUGUGACGAUGAUGGUGAAACAACGGUAG